AUGAAUUCCGUUAAAACAUCUCAUCUUGAGAAACUUCUUGGUGAAGCAGAACUCAGUAUAGCACCUCACUCCCUCACUUCUCAAAUAAGCCAAAAUAAGUCCCUCUCCUCCCUCACGAUCCACAUGGAACAAGCAGGUAGCCGCGAUACAGAUGGCAUCGUCUUCAUCGACCUGCGGCCAGCGCUGGUCCUUCCCUCAGCAGCUCGUGAGGCGUGCAGAGAAGCAGAAGCCAUGGGUAAAGCACCGCAAAAGGAGGAAAACGAAAGGAUGCUGUGGUUCCGCGCCAUCUGUUCAUCAUUCGGACGCACAAGACGCUCCAGACUGCCUGCAGCUCCAGUCCUUCCCAGCCAGAUUACAAGCGCAUUCCAACUGGAUACAAGUGCAUGCCAUCACCAGACAUUAGCACGUCUCCCGGGCACUGAACCUGUGCGUUUCCUACCUCGGAGCGUCUGGCGGAACCCCGGUCUCCUCUGGUCUGCGUUGGCCAGUGCCUUCGUGAAGCUGAGACGACGGUAUUAG